UAUAUACACUUAUUAUAGGUGUCCCUUAUUUACAUUUAAUAAUCACUCCGCUCUUCUCACAUACUCUUCCACCGAGGGGCCGCGGCCUACAGUUUGGGAAGCACUGGUGUACACACUGAAUUACAUGCAUUUUACAGCACAGGAAAUGGUGGAACUGAAAUGUUACAAAACCCAUAAACCCAAGACAUAUAAAUUCUGUUCCUUGAUUCUCUUGUAAUCAGAAGAGUCUCUGGUUCCAUUAUGAGCACCUCAAGACUUUCUGAGAAAAAUGAAGGCAAGACAGCUUCUGAACGUCCAGUGGACAUCAGUGACUGGAACAGAGACCAUGUGAGACAAUGGAUGCUCGCGAUACAAAUGGAUAAAGGAUAUGCAGACAUUUUGUACAAUCAGGGACUGAAUGGAGCUGGUCUUCUCCACUUGAAGGAGGCUAAUCGUUUAAUGCAAAACCUACCAUCAAAAGCAAAAGAACUGAUUUUUCAAAACAUAGACCUUUUGAAAGACAAGACUGAAAAGUUGAAUGACAUGGUGGCUCAGUCGUGUAGCUUAAAGCCUUACCCUUUCAAUAGAUAUGAUGCUUCUUACAGGUACACAGAAAACAGCAUUCUAGAUGUAACUGAAACUGGUCCUAAAGACCUCAUACAACCGUGCCAUGAAUUCAAAGGCUUCACAGACACACCAGGGGAGUACAGAAUGGAGAAAUACACCUUUGAAGUCAUUCGAUUCGCAGCAGCAUGUAUGAAUAGUCGCUCAAAUGGCACCAUUCAUUUCGGAGUGGCAGAUGACCCACAUGGACGAAUUCUGGGUGUUAGCGUCCAGAAAACAGAUCAUUUCGAUGUACAGCAGAAACUUGCAAUUGAAAGACAUUUCAAAGAAAAGAAAGCUCUGAAAGAAAAAAGAGCAAAGAAUGUUCAAAUAGCAGAAAGAGAAAGAGAUGUUCACAUUGCAGAGAGUGAACAAAAUGUUCAAAUGGCAAAAAGGUGCAUCAAACCCCCUCGAUUUGUUGAAGUUCUCAAAGUUGACAUGACAUUCUCAGGAAAAUAUGUUAUUGAGGUAGACAUUGAGCCAUCCUCCAUUGUCUGUCAAAACGUCUAUUUUAAGACUUUUGAUGUCAAACAGAAUACAAGCAAGUCCGAUGAUGUGGUCAUAAAUGACAACGCUAAAAAUAAGAAAGGUGGCGAGACUUUUUAUGUAAGAGAUGGCAGCAGCAGCGGCAACAAGCUGGCGGAGUAUGACAAAUACGUUAAGAGCAAUGCACAGUUGUUCAAGGAGAGGAAGGAUGCUGAAGAAAAGCAUCGCUCUGUUGUCAAAAUCCAUGCACAUGGCUCUGCAUUGAGUGAGAUGAUAACAGGAGGGACACAUUCUAUGGACAGCCCACGUUUUAUGUCGUACAUUGUGGUGGCUAACAAGUCUCAUCCUGUUCAGCAUGAAAACCUUGGUUUCCUUCUUGGUAUGAAUCUAAUGGCCGUUUUGGAUUUUGAUCCACAAUCUGCUGAGAAUGGCUUGAACAAGCUUCUCAAAGAGAAGAGAAUGUUCAAUGAGCAUUUACCUGUUCAGUAUAAAGAUACGGGUGCAGUUGUAGACAUCGCAAGCAGCUUAGAGCUGACUAAAAUCACAAGCUGGGUUUUCUGUAACGGAGGCAUUAAUGGGGAAACUCCCUCAGACGCGGAUAAAUGGGGAAAAGAGAAAAGUUCCUCUGUGCGUGAUGUAGUUUCUUUCCUGUGCCGAAACGUCCUGCCUCGCAAGAAACUUCUUGUCAUAUUCUUGUUAUUUAGUCAGGUGAGCGAAGCCAGCGAUCCCUUGUUUCAGACCUUCGAAAUGUUUCAUAAGGAGCUUAUGGGACAAAACCAAAUCUUAUGCAUGAGUGACAAUGAAACAUCGUACACCUACUGGAAUGAUCUCAUCAAGCAGCAACAUAAAUGUGACAUUUCAAAACGCAUUUAUGAGCUAAGUUUGGCUGAAAUCAAUGGAACCAUCCUCAGUCUGUGGUCAGAUAUGCGCAAACUAAUACGGUUUCUGCCUAGUUGUGGUGGCAGUAAGGUUGCGCUAUUCAAGAAAACCGAGGAAUUCUUACAUAUGCUCAGUAUUCUUUGUGUGAACCAAUGUGAUGGAGGACAUCAUGACAAACAGCUUCACGAGGAGAACUUUGAUAAAGGAGGGAAGGCAUCCUGGUGGAACUUCUACUACUCAGAACAGCCUGGGUCAGCGUCAGUCAUCAAACGUGACAAGUUAGACUACAUUGUAAACACUAUAAUUCAAAAUAUGUUGAAUCAGAAGAGAGCUUGUGUGUUUUUCAACAUCUUCCAUGCUCAAGGCUGGGGUGGCACUACAUUAGCCAUGCAUGUUCUAUGGACACUCAAGGAGAAAUUCCGCUGUGCAGUGCUGAAAGACACAACAGAUGAUUAUACUGCUGCAGCCAAACAGGUAGUGCAGCUAUUAACAUACAAGACAAAAGAGCAACCUACACGACUUCCUGUUUUGGUCAUGACUGAUCACUUCCAAGACAUUCUCAAUGUACUAACACUCCAAAAACAAAUUGAGGAGGAAUGUUUGGACCAGCACAUUUUUUCAAAAUCUCCACAAGUCAUCAUUGUCAACUGCAUGAGAGUUGAUUCAUGUGAACCAACUGAAGGAACUGGUGAUGCAGUUUACAUUCCACACUAUUUAUCUGACAAUGAACUAAAGCUAUUUGGGGAAAAGAUGGAGGAGUUUAAGAAGACCAACAGAAACACUGAAACAUUUUACGUGUCCAUGAUUGUGAACAACUUUUCAUCUUACUAUAUUCAGCGUGUUGUGAAAAAUAUCCUGAAGGACUUCAACUUUCAAUGUAAGAAUGCUCAACUUUUUGCUAUUCUUGUCCUCUUGCAUAUCUACUCCAAGAACGCUUUGCUGUCAGUCUCUACAUGUGAAGAGUUUCUUGGUCUGCAAACAGAAGCUGAAUUGCGUAGGGUUGAAGAUGCAUUUGAGAAGUUUUCUUCUCUUUUGAAAAGAUGCACAGUUUUUUCCAAAGUGACCUUUGAAGGCAUGCGGGUGAUACACUCAAUAAUAGCUCAACGUUGUUUGGAAGAGCUUUCUGCUUGUCAUGGAUUGACAAAAGCACAAAUUGCUAACCUUCUGCUCACAACUGCCUUAUUUUAUGAGAACACUCUGGAAAAACAAAAAUUCAUGCAGGAUGUUCAAGACAUGUUGCUGAAGAGUUCACCCAAGAAUGAAUUUUCACGUCUUAUCCAAGAUAUAAAGAAGGAGACUCCAGGGAUGGAAGAGACUGUUCUACUCAAUGCAGCAGAGUGCCUCAAGAGUAAAGCCAUGCACAGGCCUCAAAUAUAGACCCUAGUCCGGCAUUGGCCCAAGAUGUUCAGGCCCUAGCCCUUCAGCUUAUCAUAAUUACCCACCUGAGCCUGUCGUUUUUACCCCCUUCUCCCAAAAUAGCUUACUACUGUUUCAGCUAUUAAAAUAGUUCAGCUUUGUAUGUAAUGUCAAAGUGAUUAUAUUUGGUUUC